UGGUGGACAUCGAUCGCUGAUCAGUUGCGGUGCGGUGCCUCUUCUUGCUCGCAUCUUGAGUUCGUUUGGUUCGGUUCCUCUGUGAAAUCGGCGAGAAAUCAAUAGAAGUCGAUCCGUGUAGGGUUUCUUCGUUUUGGUGCUCUUUUUAUCCAAAAAGGAUGGCGUUGAAGGCGUCCUUGAGCUUUGCGCCACCGUCGUCAUCGUCCUCUCCGUACCGAGCAGCUCCCUCGCGGCGGGUUCUUUUGGCCACCAGAACGCUGAGGAACUCUUUCGUUAGCGGAGGAGUGGGCCAACUAAAAGCUACAGAAAUACAUUCAUCUAGAGUUAAACCGCUAAAAUGCCAUCGAUAUGGUGGAGGUUCUCUCAUUGUUCAGAUGAAUCUUUUCGAUCGGUUAGCAAGGGUAGUCAAGUCAUAUGCAAAUUCUAUUUUGAGUUCUAUGGAAGAUCCAGAAAAAAUUUUGGACCAAGCUGUUCUGGAAAUGAAUGAUGAUUUGACCAAGAUGCGCCAAGCUACAGCACAGGUACUAGCAUCACAGAAACGGCUAGAGAACAAGUAUAAAGCUGCUCAGCUGGCAUCGGAUGAAUGGUACAGGAAGGCUCAGCUUGCUCUGGGAAGAGGAGAUGAGGACCUUGCACGCGAGGCUCUCAAGAGGAGGAAAUCUUAUGCUGACAGUGCAAACUCUUUAAAAGCUCAGCUGGAUCAACAGAAAACUGUGGUUGACAAUCUUGUCUCCAAUACUAAGCUUUUAGAGAGCAAGAUACAGGAGGCCAGGUCAAAGAAAGACACUCUGAAAGCUCGUGCACAAUCUGCAAAAACUGCAACAAAAGUUAGUGAAAUGUUGGGGAAUGUCAAUACAAGUAGUGCUCUUUCAGCAUUUGAAAAGAUGGAGGAAAAAGUAUUGGCUAUGGAAUCCCAAGCAGAGGCACUUAAUCAGUUGACAACUGAUGAUCUAGAAGGAAAGUUCGCACUGCUUGAGAGCUCAUCAGUAGAUGAUGAUCUUGCAACGUUGAAGAAGGAAUUGUCAGGGAGAUCCAUGAAAGGGGAGCUCCCUGCCGGUAGAACUGCUGCUAGCAGCUCAAAUGUCUCUUCAGCUUUUGGUGACAUGGACAUCGAGAGGGAGCUCAAUGAACUAAGAAAAAAAGCCAAUGAGUACUAGUCUACGCAUCACUCAUCCAAAAAUUUACUUGUUGCAUUGAAUUGAGACUGCAAUUAGAGGAAUAUUAUAACGCUUCAUCGGUGCAACUGAUCCUAGUUGCUGGAGUUGCCUUUUCUGCCCUUUGCAUUAUUAAUUAGGGUGCUCGAGGAGCAACAUUCUAGGGCAUCUUUGUCUAGCAAAUUUUCACUUCUGCUGCUGUUGUAUAUGUUUGUGGUUACAUAUUUUCAUAAUGCCUUGUUAUCUGUAAGUCGAAGGUGUUUUUGUCAUGUGGAUGGUGUCAUGUGGAAGGUGCUGGUCAGUUUCCAUAGCGAAAUCUUUGGUUUCAUAAUAGAAUUGACAAGUAACAUAA